UUAGGUAAGUGUUAUUUUUACUAUAUUGCGACGGUUGAAGAUACGUGUGCAAUCUGGACGCUCAUAAGAAAGGAUCAUUACUAUAUUUAGACAUUCACAGAUACGUGUGCAUUCCUGAAAUUCAUCAGGUAAGUAUUUUUUUUUACAAUAUUAAGAGGGUUAAAAUACGAUUGUAAUUUGGACGCUCAUAAGGUAAUGUGCGUUACUAAAUCUUAUAGGGACAGAUAAAUGUCCUUUUUUAGAACGAAAUAUGUAUCGACCAUACUAUCGAUGAAGAAUAACAUUCUUGACAUUUUCUUUCUUUUAGAUUAUUGUUUAAAUUUCUGUAUAGGUAUAACCUGAAUUAAUUUCGUUUAUGAUAUAUCGAAACUUUACUUUUAAAUAUAUGUUCUUAAGAUAUGUGUACUUAUGUUAUUUAUAUCUAUAAUCAGGUCAUGUGAUUUUAACCCUACAAUAUUAAUCGUUGUAUAGCAGGAAGUCCGGACAUUCUAAUGCUUAUGACAUAAAAAAUCGGAAUGCUACUUCAGCUGCGGUAAAACCCCUAUUUUUUCCCCAAGUUCUAAAUCUAAAAUUAGAUAUCGUUACUUUUUCCCACAAGUAUUCUUAUUUUAGCUAAACUAAAAUUAGAUCGUUGGGAUUUUCAUAGGAAGUUAAAAAUGUGACAUAAAUGUAUAGAGUUUCGUGUGUGUACUGUACCGAUAUAUUACACGCCUGGUAAACGACAGAACUACCUCUUUAACAGGUAUACGGUAAACUGCUCUGUCGCAACUUCCGAGAGUAUAUCGAAUAUCAAAAAUCGGGGAAAUGUAGGCGAUGUAGAAUGAAUUAGCAAAGUUAAAGUUCUCUAUAAAGUUAAAUCAUAUCUACAUCGCCUACCAUCCGAUACACUGCUUCUAAAAAUGCCAAAAAAAAAUAUGAUUGCACUCACCUUUGUUGAUGUACUUUUAUCGCAACGUGCACUAAUGAAAUCCAUGACAAGUUGACCAUAAAAAUGUAACGCUUCAUUGAUAGAGUGGAGGUCAAGAUGUUGGGUUAAAUAUAUGUAAACUUUCUAAACGAGAUAAUGAUUCAAUCAGGAAGAAAAAGUCAGAACAAUCAAUCAGGAAAAUAAAUAAAUGGUUAUAUAUGAAGACCUAGGUUAUUUCAGUUUAAAGUAAAAAAAUGGCAGAAGUUGAGGCAGUAACAGAAUUUAAUAAAAUUUUAGCUUUUGCCAAAUGUGUGCGUAAAUUCAGAUGUAACAUUGAGAAAGAAUUUACUGUGGCGAUCAGCCCUAUAUUAUCAGAAAUAAAGUAUAAACAUCAUAGUGCUGAGGAACUUGACGACGGAAUUGAAUGUAUGGAAGAUGUUUUGAAAAGUUUGCAAGAAAUUUCAAAAACUGUUGUGAAAGUUAAAGAUGAAUUUCAAGAAGCAAAAAUCCAUGCUUUACAAUUGCAACUAAGAACGGCACAGAUACGCGAGAAGUCAGGCCGUUCAUUAGGUCUAAGAAAUGACAGCGGUUGCUUCUCAGCUGAUUCAAGGGUGUUGUCAUCUGGGUCAAUUCUCGUAACUCAGCCCAGUGAUGCCGACCUAGAGGAGGACAAUUCUUCAACAAGUCGAGCAGUAAAUUCAGUUCACACGGAACCUACACAGCACGAAGAUACAAGCCAGUUGCUCAACAAAGAUGGAGAUAGCAUUUGUUGAAUUCGUUUUUGAUUCGAAAUAGUUUACUAUGACAGGUGCCGAGCAUUUUGUGCAAUAUUUACAAUGUAAGUGUGAUGUUUUCAAAUGGAAAACUAUAGGCAUUUACGCCAGUUUGACACGUGCGAUUUUAGCUGCAGGUCACGUUAAUACAAAGGACAGUUUGGGUAAAAAUAUGUUCACUCAUGACAUUGUAGUGUAAAUUAUAUACAUUUAUAUUGAUACUGAAGUUAGUCACCAGCAUUAAUCACAGGAGCUGUUUAUGAAAAUGCCCAAUAAGAAAGAGAUAAUUGUAAUAUCCCUUUAACGAAAAUAAUGCAAGUUUUACCUUCACAUAGUACAACCGAGCUAGGCCAUAUAACGUUCUGCUUAGCCAGAGCGUGUUUUCUAGCCAGAAUGACACACCAAGCGUAAAACUACAAACUCUUAAUUUUUGCAACCAGAUUUGUUAUUUUGUCCCAAUAUAAUGCUUCAGCCGUUUAAGGGCUAUUGCAAUAUGUUGUUAGAUGAUUGCACCGUUCUGGUCUACACGGACAUUCCGUCAGAGAAUGCAAGUUUGCAAAUAACAGUUUAUAGGCACAUCGACAAUGCCCUUAUCUCUUGAAAAGUUAAAUUGCAUUUGUGUAAUAUUAACAUAGAUUUGUUACUAUUUUGAUGAAAUCAGUGUAUGAAAUAUAGAGGUAGAAAUAUAUGUCUGAAGCCUUUAAAAGCAGAAAGGCAAAAGUUACUGUUCUUGUUAAUGCACUGAUGUAGUUUUUACUGUAUCCUGACGCAUGUCAUUGUUUAAUAAGUGUUACUAUUAUGUUGAGCAGUAUUGACAAUUCAGUAUGUAUUUCUAUUAUAUAGAACAUCUGCAAUAAUUGUUAUUUCCCUGAGUUAUUCCUGCUAUGUGAGCCACCACUGCUUAUUCCUUAAUAAUGAUCAUAGACACGAUUGGUUCUGCCUAUUUGGGAUAUUUUACCGUUAACGAUAUAGAAUAUUGAAAUUGUAUUAUCAUUUACGAAGAUCAUAACAAUUUUCCAAGUGACAGCUACAGGUUACAGGAGGAAAGAUGCAGUCUAAAUUCAAAAUAUAGGUCGCAACGGGAAUUUGACAAAGAAAUUUAGAAUACUGAAUUUUUUUCCCGCGGUUGUUUAUAUAGAAUUCACUAUUGUUUUAGAGAAAAUCUGCGAUGAUAUUCUUAGGGUAUGAACUAGUUACGUUUUAAAAUACAUUGCAUAACUUGUGCUUACAAAUGCGAGUAUAAAAUAAGUAGUUUUUAAUAUAUAAUUAAAAAAUGUCGGUAACAAAUACCGCCAUGUUACCAGUAAACUUCUUUUUACAUUCUAGUUAAUAUUUUUGUAUAUUACAUAUUUGAAAAUUAAGAAGUAAAUUAAUAUUUAAUAUUUAAAAUAGAGAAGUCAAUACCAAGUAACCUCCUGUUACCAGUAACCUUCUUUUUAUAUCCUAAGAAUCUGUUACUAUUCGAGUAUUCUACACUAUUGAUUCAGUCUGAUUCCCUGCAAGCCUGUGUGAACAAUCAAACAUUGUCAGUUGUACAUUUUCCAUCUAUUUUAGUAUUAGGUAAAUGUAUAACAUUUUAGAAUAGUCAGUAAAUGCAUAUGUAAGGGAGAUAAGUCUUCUUAGAAUAUGUAAAUCACUACUAUUUGGCAGGUAAAGUUAUUCUUCCUGGAUUGGCAGGUGAGAAUAAAGCUCAAUUUUAAAUAAUAUUUAAUUUGAUUGUGUUAAUGUUUAUCAAUUUAUACUGAUAAAUAACAUUUUCUUACUUGCUAGUGAAAUAUGUUGAUGGUACUUUGAUCUAACAGAAAUUAACAGAAACUCUUGCAUAAUCUCUUGUCGUUUAACUGUACAUUGAAAGGCAUUUUAUGCAUGGUAUAAGUGUUCUACAUAGAUCUGAUUGAAAUCAAUAUCGUUAAGAGUUUUUACAAUAUCCGAUUGGUUAAACUAUUGUUUGUUUGUGUUCAGGCGCGUAGCUACCUAUACGCCAGUACGCCCGUGAAUCCACAUAAUUUUGCCAUCAUUUUUUACAUCUUUAUCCUACACGGUGUAUACAUGUCCUAGAUCUAGACUGGAUGUGUUCCAAAUUGUAAUUAGUGUACUAUAUACGAUAAAAGGGACCUUAAUUCAAAGCCCGGGUGUUAGUUUUAGAACAUGUCUAGGUAUUGAUGGUGGUAUGAUUGUUUUGUUUUUGUAAGCUUUAGGUGUUACUUUCCGAUCAAAUGUCGAAAGUUCCAAUUACAAAAAUGUUUUAAUAUUGUUUACUGCAAGUUACUUAUUUACGAAUUCAUCCACAAGGAUACACGCGGUUUCUACAAAACUUCCUAGGGGACAAUUGCCACGGCUAUUAACUGUCUAUUCUCUCCUAUUUGUCUAUCUUCUUUGUAUUACAGUAACUAAAAAGCAACAUAAUAAAAUUAAGAACAAAGAUUUAUUUAAAAUUUAUAAACUUAACACGCUCCGUUCAAUAAGUACAAUGCAGCUUUAUAUAAUUUAACAGAAUUUUAUUUGACAAUAUUUGACAACACAUUUUUAAAAUCCUGCCGCUUUUUAGUUAUUAAAGAUUUUUCCAUUCUGUUUUUGAUAUCUUCACCGAAACUCUGAAUUUUAUGCACGUAGUAUUUUGCAUUUAUUUAUGAUAAAAACGAAAUAUAAAGGAAUAGAAAAUAGAAGCGAUCUCGCUUACAGGUAUAUUUUAUAAAAUUUGGUUGUUUCUAUAUAUUUGUCCUUAACAAUCUGCCAUUAUCUUAUCAAAAUUGCCAUAGAAUUCGAGCUAUGUUUAUUUUCUAGCUGUGAUGAAAGUUUCAGGUGAAAAUAUUAAUUCUAACACGUUCUGCAGCAAUUGCUAUAUAAACAUAUAGCGAAAUCGCCUAUAUAUGAAUCUACAAUAAAAUAUGGUUGGCUGUUACAUUUCACCCCCUAUGAUUGUGGCAUAAGAGAUUCUUCUUCAGUUCCAUUAGAUACAAAUUAUUUCAGGGCCAAACGGUUGAAAACAGAAUUUUAAAAACAUAAAUAUGAUAAAAAGUCAUACUGACUUAUGUGACUGACCGUAACACACGUUUCGAUCUCUAUGAGCGAAUUCAAUUAGCUUAAUUAAGAUUCAGCGGUGACGUCAUAAAUGUAUGACAUGAAGUAUGACGUCAUAAUGAUAUGACGUCAUAUAAAGUUAAGCUCGUAACUUGUAACACAGGGUCAACUCGCCUUAUUUGAUGAUUCUCUUCAUAAUUAGUUUGCGAGCUGUUAGAUUACUAAAUUAUGAAUACUUCUCAAAAUUCUGAUAAAAAGAAACAAAUAUCUAUACGUUUCAUUGGCUAUGCAACUCUUUCUAACCAUAGGGGGUAAAUUGUAACAGCAUAUGACCCGAAUGACGUAUUACGCUGAAAAUGUAGUACUGUAAAAUGCGAAUUAUUUGCGUUGUUAGAAUCGAAAUAAUAAACCUGUUCCAAUAAUUUUAUCAAUUAAUAAAACAUGGUAUUAACUGACAAAAUAUAGGAACAGAUUUAUUAUUUCUUAAAUAAUGAACGCACUACACGGCGUUUUUGUGAAAGUAACGCUUAAAUUUCGCGGUGUUUUGUUGAACUAAAAAAAAUGACCUAUAUAAUUAUGAAUUAUAGAAUUUGUAUACGCUUAAAAGGUUUCUUCAAUUACCGUAAAUUAAAAAAUUCAAUCAGCAAUAUCAACAAUAAGAGCUUGAAAUAUUAUAUAAUUUUCUGUAAACCAUUUUUUGCCACCCCCACCCCCAACCCCGCGGGUCCCCUACCAAGGCUCUGCCCUGGACCCGAUUGGGACCUGACCGGUCUCCAUACCCCUCGCCUAUUUGGUUAAUCCACUUUAUUUAGGACUUCCUACGCGCCUGGUGUUCACUUUUAACCAUUUGUAUUGGUAUAAUUCAACGACAAUUAGUGACGCGUGUCUUAUCCACUGUCCUCGGCGUUUACCUCAGUUUUGUUAUGACCUAAAAGUACAGACACACCACGAUGCAUAAAGUUGAUCUACACACGCCAUGCGAUAAGCUGUCGUUUCAAAUUGAUCUGAUUUAAGUUGAAGUAUCAGUUGUAUAGUAUCUAAUUGGUUCAUGUUUUUGUUGUCUUUCAUCACGAUACAUGGCAUGUUGUAAGAUCUAUAUUCCAUUUGUUAUAUCAAUAGAAUUUGAAUAUUUUUAUAUAUUUCUACAUUUAAUAUUGUUCUGAUAGUGUUGAUGCUAAAAUGAAUAACUCUGAUAUAAAAACAGUUGCAAUUUACAUAAAAAAACGUAAAAACAAAUACAGGUAAGAAAUUAGUUUGAAACUGAGUUAUCUUUUUUUCCGCGGCUUGUUAAGAGUAUUUUGUCGUAUUGUCAAAAUUUGUUCUUCAGAUUAUCAAAAUAUUUUUCUUUAGAUUGUCAAGUGUUUUUUUGUUUUCAGAUUGUAAAGAUAUUUUCUUCAGAUUGUCAAGGUAUUUUUCUUCAGGUUGUCAAGAUUUGUUUCUUCGUAUUGUCAAGAUAUUGUCAAGAUAUUUUUCUUCAGAUUGUCAAGAUUUUUUGUAAUUUUCUCAGAUAAUGGAGAUAAUUACCUCAGAAGCUAGUUGUUCGAAACUUUAACAGGGGAUUAAACUAAAUAAUUAUUUUUUCGACAUUUUAGAAGACUUAGAAAAACAAACGUUUGACUUAGGAAUGAUGACAUUUGAAAAUUCUUUACAAUAAAAUCAAAAUAUCAUACUAGUGUUUCCCACCAAGACUAGUGUUUUGAAUCAAACUUUAACUAGCGGUUAGUUUAACAGCCGGUUAAAGUUUUGUAAAAAUGGCCCCUGAUUGUCAGUUAUUUAUUUAUCUAUUUUUUUAUUUUAUUUUUUUUUUAAUAUGAAUGAAGCACUCUUUUUUUGGUAGUUUGUUAUUAUGUUGAGCCAGUAAACGUUUUAAGGACAAACCGUAUUAUGAAAUAAUGUUGCAAUUUUCAUGUAAACGCAUAAAAGAAAAUAAUCAGCUGAAUUCUGAUCAUUAUUUAUCAUUAAUUUACAAUAUUUAGGUAUUUAAUCAUACGGCACUGGUUACAUUGCCUUUUUAGGUACAUGUACAUCAUAAUUUUUGGGUAUAUAUUAUGUACGCAUCUUGUCUUCCAAAGCAUGUUGUGUAUUCAAAAAUAAGGAAAUAAGUUUUUUCUUUCAUUAUUAUGACACUUAUAUCAUUCUGUGAAAUUCAAAGUAAUGUGUUGUUUUAAGCUAUUCAAAUUAAUAUUUUAAAUAAACUGCGAACAUACCAAGAAAGUAGUAAUGUUAAUGGAAUAACAGGCAUGUGAAAUGUUUAAUAUCUUUGCCUCUCUGAAUGCAAAAAAAAACGUGUUUGGAUUACACAAAAAUAAUGAUAUAUACUUGCAUAUGAACAUACCAUCUGACUUAAUUAAUUUGAUACAAAGUAAUACAUCUAUAUGAUAUAUUAUAGAACAGUUUUUAUUUGCAUAAUAUAUAGACUUAAAAUUUGUUGACUGUUUGAUUAAUUUUAUUUUUUGUAUGUUUUAUAAAAAAAUACGUUAAAGACAUAAUGUUGAAAGAUUUAUAAUAAAAACGUUUAACAAAC